AUGUUUUCCUCCACUCCUUCCUCAUAUAAGAGGAAAAUAUACAAAAAAUCGAUUCGAGCAACAGGCUCAUCAGAUAAUCCCGGUAAAAAGAUAUCCGGCGGAGAUGUCAUGUCAUUUGACUUGUGCACCGUUGUCAAGGGGCAUAAAUACGAGUAUACGCACCAUGCCCAGGCCGAAUCCAAGGAAAAUCUCACCAACAUCCCUGCCAACGAAAGAGGUCGAGCAAUUCGGCCCAUCACGGAAGCCGACAUUCGUCAGGUUGCCGCUGCGGCUUCAGCACUUCGCAAAACCAAAUCCAUUGUCCCAUUUAUUUCGGAACGGUCUAUUCGGCGCACUUCUCUUUCAGAGAGAUUGCUUUUUUACAAAAUGAGAAAGGGAUCCCGAUUUCUCGAUACCAUCCGAAUCAAAUGUGUCGGCGGGACCGGUGGAAAUGGAAGGUUGGGAUUUGGCCACCCAGGUCGCUCCGGCUUUGGAAAACCAAACGGCGGAAAUGGCGGUCCUGGUGGAAAUGUUUAUUUAAAGACAGAUCCAAAUAUCUCUUCUUAUUUUCGAAUAGCGCGAAACGUCAGGGCCGAAAACGGGCAAAACGGAGGCCAAAACAUGUGCACCGGAAGGGCAGGAAAAGACAUCAUCAUCAGGGUGCCCGUGGGGACGCUAAUUUCGCUGCUUCGAUUUGAGGAUGCCAAUAGGCCGCAAUCGCUCGCAUCGCAGGCAUCUGCAGACCAUGCCCUCAAUACCAUUCUGAGCUCAUCAGACAUUAAUGCCGUGGCCAGGGAUGGCAUUUCGUCUCUUUCGAAAAUUAUGAAAAAAAAGUCGAUUGAAUACGAAGCGAGCAGACUUUCUCUGAUAGCCCAAAUUGAUAUGGAGCGGCCAAAAAUGCUGGUCAAAGUUGCAAGUGGCGGUCGAGGCGGGCUUGGAAACAAGGACCUCGGCAAAUUCCCGCCCAACGAGACCGAAGCGGGCUAUCUUGGAUCUUCUGUUUUUUUGCAGCUCGACUUGAAGACGAUUGCAGAUGUUGGGCUCGUUGGAAUGCCAAAUGCUGGAAAAUCAUCUAUUUUAGCGUCGCUCACAAAUGCUCGACCACGAAUUUCGCCGGUUCCCUUUACUACGCUUCACCCGAAUUUGGGCGUGUUGCAGCCGGCAAAUGAGAACUAUCAAGAUAUGCCGCUGAAGAUAGCAGAUCUUCCUGGACUUGUUGAGGGAGCGCACCUAAAUAUUGGGCUUGGACAUGCCUUUUUAAAGCAUGUCUAUCGAUCCAAGGUCAUUGCAUAUGUGGUCGAUAUUUGCUCAAAAGAUCCCUUUCAAGAUUUUGAGGUCAUAAGAAAUGAAUUGAAAUCAUACGAUGCGUCGCUUCUAGAUCGGCCCUCCAUUGUUGUUUUGAACAAGACAGACUUGAAGACCUCUACUGCAGUAAAUUUGCCCAUUUUCAUGGAUAAGAUGGCGUUACACCCGGACGUCAAGGUAAGACAGCUUCAAGUGGUUCUAUUUUCGGCAAAAGAUGUCAUUGUGGGGCAGUCAAAAGAUGAGCUUAAAAAUUCUCUGCUCCAAGUCUUGUGUGAUAAAAUUGGUGCCCGUCAAACCCUGCCUCAAAACAACGAUCUCGAUCUCCGUUUGUUGAAAUAA